GAGAGAGAGAGAUUAAGAAUUAGUACUGAUUCAAGGAAAGCGAGCGCUCUAUCUUUGUGCAGUUGAAUAUUAACAUUUGAGGUGCUCUGAUCAGUGGAAGAGAGACAGAGCGGAUCAUCAUUCAUUCACCACGUUGACAACCUCGUCUGUGAUUGACAGCUGGAGUGGCAAAAAGCCAUGAGAUUUGUUAGUUGGGUUUGAGGGGCACUUUUUUUCUUUUUUAAAAACUGAUUUUGGGGUAAAGAAGAUCUGCUUUCUUACCCCUGCUGCUGUAUUGGAAACGGGAGCGCUUUUAUGCUGAGUUAUUAUCUCUACCGCUUCCUUCAGGUCCAAAUAGACUGAAGAUUUGGAACCGAUUGCUCACGUUCCUGGAGACUUUAAAGGAUUUUCCCCCCAUCAUUGUUGUUGUUGUUCUUGUUUUUCCGGGGGAGUUUGAGUUUUUGUUUCUUUCCACACUGGCCUUAAAGAGGAUAUAUUAGAAGUUGAAGUAGGAAGGGAGCCAGGCAGGCCGAUGGCGCAAAGGUACGACGAUUUACCCCAUUACGGGGGGAUGGAUGGAGUAGGUAUCCCCUCCACGAUGUAUGGGGACCCUCACGCUGCGAGAUCCAUGCAGCCAGUUCACCAUCUGAAUCACGGUCCUCCUCUGCACUCUCAUCAAUACCCGCACACAGCUCACACCAACGCCAUGGCCCCCAGCAUGGGCUCCUCUGUCAAUGACGCUUUAAAGAGAGAUAAAGAUGCCAUUUAUGGACACCCCCUGUUCCCUCUCUUAGCACUGAUUUUUGAGAAAUGUGAAUUAGCUACUUGCACACCCCGCGAGCCGGGGGUAGCAGGCGGAGAUGUCUGCUCCUCAGAGUCUUUCAAUGAAGACAUAGCAGUGUUCGCCAAACAGAUUCGCGCAGAAAAACCUCUAUUUUCUUCUAAUCCUGAACUGGAUAACUUGAUGAUCCAAGCCAUACAAGUAUUAAGGUUUCAUCUGUUGGAAUUAGAGAAGGUACACGAAUUAUGUGACAAUUUCUGCCACCGGUAUAUUAGCUGUUUGAAAGGGAAAAUGCCUAUCGAUUUGGUGAUAGACGAUAGAGAAGGCGGAUCAAAAUCAGACAGUGAAGAUAUAACAAGAUCAGCAAAUCUAACAGAUCAGCCAUCUUGGAACAGAGAUCAUGAUGAUACAGCAUCCACACGUUCAGGAGGAACGCCAGGACCCUCCAGUGGGGGGCAUACAUCACAUAGUGGGGACAACAGCAGUGAGCAAGGUGAUGGCUUGGACAACAGUGUAGCUUCCCCCAGCACAGGUGAUGAUGAUGAUCCAGAUAAGGACAAAAAGCGUCAUAAAAAGCGUGGCAUCUUUCCCAAAGUAGCCACAAAUAUCAUGAGGGCGUGGCUGUUCCAACAUCUAACACAUCCUUACCCUUCUGAAGAACAGAAAAAGCAGCUGGCACAAGACACGGGCCUCACUAUACUUCAAGUGAACAAUUGGUUUAUUAAUGCUAGAAGAAGAAUAGUUCAGCCCAUGAUAGACCAGUCCAAUCGAGCAGUAAGUCAAGGAACACCCUAUAACCCAGAUGGACAGCCAAUGGGAGGUUUCGUAAUGGAUGGCCAACAACACAUGGGCAUCAGAGCACCAGGGCUGCAAAGUAUGCCAGGGGAAUAUGUAGCUCGGGGUGGUCCAAUGGGUGUGAGUAUGGGACAGCCAAGUUAUACCCAACCCCAGAUGCCCCCACAUCCUGCUCAGCUACGUCAUGGGCCCCCCAUGCAUACCUACAUUCCUGGACACCCUCACCACCCAACAGUGAUGAUGCAUGGAGGACCAUCCCACCCUGGAAUGCCAAUGUCAGCAUCAAGCCCCACAGUGCUUAAUACAGGAGACCCAACAAUGAGUGGACAAGUCAUGGACAUUCAUGCUCAGUAGCUUAAGGGAAUAUGCAUUGUCUGCAACCGUGACAGAUUUCAAAUAUCGUUUUUCUGCAUUGACUGUGGAGUUCCAUUCUGGCAUCUACUGUGGACCAAGGAGCAUCCCUAAUUCUUCAUAGGGACCCUUAAAAAAGCAGGAAACACCAACCGAAGUCAACUUUGGGGACAUGCUAAAUAACUAUAUAAGACAUUAAGAGAACAAAGAGUGAAAUAUUGUAAAUGCUAUUAUACUGUUAUCCAUAUUACGUUGUUUCUUAUAGAUUUUUUAAAAAAAAAUGUGAAAUUUUUCCACACUAUGUGUGUUGUUUCCAUAGCUCUUCACUUCCUCCAGAAGCCUCCUUACAUUAAAAGCCUUACAGUUAUCCUGCAAAUGACAGAAAGGUCUUAUUUGCAGGAUUUUUAGAGCAUUAAAAAUAACUAUAUCAGGCAGAAGAAUCUUUCUUCCAGCCUAGGAUUUCAGCCA